AUCUGAGAGUGCGGAAGUUUUGAUCCUGACAGACUCCGAGCGCAUUCAAGCUUCUGAACGUUUGUGCUUUUGAUAUAUAAAUGGUCAGGAUGACGCAGAAACGUUACCUGGAGGGACAGGUGUACUCUGUACCUCUCAUCCAGCCAGACCUGAGGAGGGAAGAGGCUGUCCAUCAGAUCACUGAUGCAUUACAGUACCUGGAAACUAUAUCAACAGACAUCUUUACUAGGGUGUCUCAGAGCGUGGAGAAAAACCGUGCACACCUUCAGACCGUCACAGACCGGAUCAAAUUGGCUCAGGCCAGAGUCCAGAAGAUCAAAGGAAGCAAGAAAGCCACAAAGGUGUUCUCCAGUGCCAAAUACCCCGCUCCAGAAAAACUGCAGGAUUAUUCUUCCAUCUUUAUGGGUGCAGUUGAUCCCGCGUCCCAAAAGCGGCCUCGCUUUAAAGUUCAGAGCAAACUCCGCCCACUGGAUGACAAGUCCUUACAGGAGAAGUUGAUGUAUUUGCCAGUGUGCGUAAACACUAAGAAGCACUCUGAGGAUGAGACUGAGGAGGGUUUGGGAAGUCUGCCGAGGAAUGUCAACUCAGUCAGCUCCUUAUUGCUGUUCAACACAACGGAGAACCUCUAUAAGAAAUAUGUGUUUCUUGACCCUCUGGCGGGCGCUGUAACGAAAACACACACCACGUUAGAGACGGAAAAGGAAGAUAAACCGUUUGAUGCACCGCUGUCGAUCACCAAGAGAGAGCAGCUAGAAAGACAGACCGCAGAGAAUUAUUUCUAUGUGCCAGACCUGGGGCAAGUGCCGGAGAUCGAUGUGCCGUCUUACCUGCCUGACCUACCCGGCAUCGCUGAUGACCUCAUGUACAGCGCUGACCUCGGGCCAGGAUUCGCACCAUCCGUUCCUGCCAGCAACAGCAUCCCUGAACUUCCCUCGUUUGGCACAGAGCAUGAUGAAUCUAGUGGAUCCGACUCUCAUUUUAGGCUUGAGGCUCCGCCCCCUCCGCCGCCUCCACCCCCUCCUCCACCAGAGCCCACCCAGUUAUUGGCCCCGCCCCCUGGAACUUCUCCAGCCCCGCCCCCUCCACCCCCACCUCCACCUAUCACACCAGAAUACACUGCUGUCACAUCAAGCCAAGCCACUCCCACAAGUGGGAUGAAAGGCGCCCCUACUGAGGUGGUAAAGCCGUCGGACGGGCGAGCAAGCCUGCUGGAGUCGAUCCGAAACGCCGGCGGCAUCGGCAAAGCAAACCUCCGCAAUGUGAAGGGCCGCAAGAUGGAGAAGAAGAAACAGAAGGAACAAGAGCAAGUUGGUGCAGCGGUCAGCGGUGGAGACCUGAUGUCGGACCUCUUCAAUAAAUUGGCCUUACGCAGAAAAGGUAUCUCUGGCAAGGUUCCAGGGGCUGGAGACUCCUCUGAAGCACCUGCCAGCUCCGGCGGAGCGUUCGCCAGGAUGUCAGAUGUGAUCCCGCCCCUUCCAGCGCCGCAGCAACCGGCCGCAGAUGAUGAGGAUGAUUGGGAGGCGUAACCAUGGCGACCCAGAGUUGAGUGGGAAACUCAAGUCGGGAGUUGAAAUCCUCAAAGACUAGAGUCUGCAAAUAUUGUCUCUCCAAGGAGAGCUAUGGAGUGUUAAGUGAGACAUUUUGUCACUGGUUUUGUAACCUUCAAGGUCAGUGAAUGAACAAAAGUAUGAGAAGACGUGUUCUAAAUGUCAUUAAAACCCUUAGAGCCAGAAAGAUUAUAUUAUGAAAGUCAACAUGACAUCUAAAUUCAACCGUGCAAAUUAUUCCAUAUAUAUCUUUCAUGUUCCUCUAGUUCUAAAAUGACUUUCCUUUUCGUCUGAUGUCAUCUAGGCCACACAAGCAAUUGGUUAAUGUUAAGCAGUUUCACUCAGAAAUCUGACAUUAUGGUUGUUUUAUGUUGACUUUAAUACUUAAUCACACUUUUUGAUGAACAUUUUUCACUUCUCAUGCACAUUCAAAACAGCGUGACAAUGAAGUUGAUUGUGAAUUAUAUUCCAUUAAGGAAGAAAAGAAUGUAUAUAAAAACUGUUUCACAUGCACUUAAACAUUUGUAGCUUUAGUAGAGAAAAAUAAACCCUAAUCUACUAUGAUUGUUUUAGCCCAUAUGAACCAGUC